AUGUCCGCCAUCUACCGCGCUUUCCAACGCACUGCGCACGAGCAGCCCGUCAUCUUCUACUCGCUCGUGAUCGGCUUUGCGGGCCCGGCGCUUGUGUUUGGCGUCCCUCCGAUUCGCAAGUCGAUGGGCUGGAAGCCCGCGAACCGCGUGCCGACGACGUACCCUAUCCCCGACCGCCCACGGCGCGCUGUGGCUGGGUUUGAGGACCCAUAG